CUGGUUCUUCCUCUGCAGACCAGGAAGUAGCUGUUAUGGAGUCUAUAUGAUACAGUGCUGUGCGGAACAGGAUUUUUGACUGAUUGAGCUGCAUAAAUAAGUGGCAACAAGAGUUUAGCGGUUUUGCAGUUGAAGGCUCUCGCAGAUCCAGCCAUGCUCUCCCGUCUCCUGAAAGAGCACCAGGCCAAGCAGAACGAGAGGAAGGAGCUACAAGAGAAAAGAAGAAAGGAGGCUAUUGCUGCAGCUACGUCAUUAACAGAGGCGCUGGUAGACCAUCUAAAUGUGGGUGUCGCACAAGCUUAUGUAAACCAACGGAAACUGGACCAUGAGGUAAAGACUCUUCAGAUACAAGCUGCGCAGUUUGCAAAGCAGACAACACAAUGGAUCAGUUUGGUGGAGAACUUUAAUCAGGCCCUAAAGGAGAUCGGUGAUGUUGAGAACUGGGCGAGAAGCAUUGAAAAAGACAUGCGCAUAAUAGCAACUGCUUUGGAAUAUGUAUAUAAAGGACAACUUCAGACUUCUGCUUCCUGAUUGGUUUCAGAAUAAAGACUGAGCUACAGAUCAUCAGUAUCUAACAGUGUUUCAGCUGAAAAGCCUCACUGUGCAUUAUUUCACAUAUAAAUGUCGCCAUUCCUUGUAUUGCAUUGUAAGGCCGCACAUUACUGCCUUGUCUGCAGCUAAUGGAACAGCUAAACUUCAAUUCCUACGUAAUAUUUAAAUAUAAGAAAAUGCAGCAGUGCCAAAUUCUGCUUGUAAUAUUCUGGCCACACCGUUGUGCUAUGCACCAUUUUAUCAGUGUUAUUGCAGUAGUAAAUCCUGAUCAUCUCUGGCCUUUCUCUAAGGGCAUUGUAGGAAAUGCAUAUUUGUUGUAAAGUUUUUGCUGAAUCCCACUAUUUAAGAACCUUGUCCUUUUGGUAUUUAGUUUGAUUUUUUUUAUGCAUAUGGCUUAAGAGCAUUUUAUAAUAGUAGAACUUUAAUAUGUGUUUAUACUAUUGAAAUAAACUCUGAUAAUUAAGCCUUUAUGUUUAGAGACACUAAAUUCCUUUGCUUGUGUUGAACAAUUUGUUAAUUAAUAACCCAGUGUUACAUGGAUCUGUUGCACUGAAGCUUUAAGUAAUGUCAUGAGUGGGAUUUCAUGGAGAUGACUCUGUAAAUGAAUAUAAAUAAAUAUGUGCUAUACAUUUACACAUAUACUACUCCACUGCAUUUGUCCACUCCAGAAAACUGGUUAAUGCCAAAGAACCGAGUUAGCAAAUAUGUUGACCAAUAAUACGUCUUCCCCCAAUUGCUAAACACAGUAUAUAGUAGGUUGUUUAAGGUUACCUUAGUCAUUUGCACUAAAUUUUCUCUUACAGUACUUUUUUUGUCAGAGUUUUUAAAAUUUACUUAAAGGCACAGUAACUCUGCAAUUUAUUUCCUAGUAAAAUGUUCAGUUUUGUAUAGUUACAAAAAAAAAUCUCUUCAAUACCCUUUCAUUGUUUAUUUUCCCUGCUUUUCCUGUAAUUUAACGCAGACUAUUGUACUGUUUCCAUUCUACCUAGAGAGGCUGGAGUGCAUUCUGUAGAAUUCAGAACCUACAUGCUUCACAGUGAUUGGUUGGUAGGUGGAGGUGCUUGUUUAUAUAAAUUCCUAUUGGCCAAAGCGAAGGAAAUAAGAAACAAAGUAGCUUUUCAGGGGGUGUGUCUUGACUCUGCAAAACUGCAUACAGUUUCAAAAUGUUGUAUUCAGAUCUUUUGCAAUGCAGUGAACAAUUUCUGAUGUAUUGAUAGAAAAUUACAUUACUAUCUCUUUAAAUGCAUUGUAAUAGAAUACAUCUUAAACAAAAAUCCUUGUUUACUUACUUUAUGGUUUAUUGCUCUUCUGUAUAUCUAUACAAACUUCUAUAUAAACUUUUCUAACAUCAGAA